CUGUGUGAUGAGUAUGUCCGGGCCGCACCAGGAGGGGCGUACUGUACCUCCUGGCCGGUCCCCGGGUAUAUAUCUUGCUGUUGGGGCACAACAUGCAGUGGAUCUCCUGAAAAGGUGCAAAGGAGGUGCUGAGACCUGCAUAGCAAGGGGGACAUAAGUAGCCAAAUAAACUUGUAUUCACAAACCGGACUUGCAUUACAGCUUAUGCAACCUCUUGUCUAGCACUGUGUGCACUGGCCACCUAGAGUGCAUUCAACUGCCACUUUAUUUUGCUACAAUCCCAAACCAGGCACAACCUGGGCAGCUACACUGCGGGAACUUUGCACAGGAGAGGGACACUGCAACUAGACUGGGGCAUUUGGGGCACAUUUGCAUUGCACGUUUCCUAUUGGAUUUUGCAGACUUUUUUGUUGCAUACAUUUUUUUUGUAGCAGGAUCUGCCUUAUUUUUUAAUUGCAUGAUGAAUAUAGUGUUGGAGUUGUUCGUGGUCACUUUUAAGGUCCUGUGGGCCUUUGUGUUGGCCGCAGCCAAGUGGCUGGUGCGCCCCAAAGAGAAGAGUGUGACCGGCCAGGUGUGCUUGAUCACUGGGGCUGGCAGCGGACUGGGGCGACUCUUUGCCCUGGAGUUUGCUCGGCGUCGGGCUCAGCUGGUGCUGUGGGACAUCAACAGCCAGAGUAAUGAGGAGACAGCGGGCAUGGUGAGGCAGAUCUACCGGGAGCUGGAGGAGGAGGACGCCUUGCGGCGGGCAGGCAAUGCCACAGAGGAAGAGGUGCUGCCUUGCAACAAUCUCCAGGUCUAUACAUAUACCUGUGAUGUGGGUAAACGUGAGAGCGUCUACUCUACAGCUGAGAAGGUCCGAAAGGAGGUGGGAGAUGUCUUUCUGCUGCUCAAUAAUGCUGGAGUUGUUUCUGGACAUCAUCUCCUGGAAUGCCCUGAUGAGUUGAUUGAGAGGACUAUGAUGGUCAAUUGCCAUGCUCAUUUUUGGACCACAAAGGCAUUUCUUCCUAAGAUGAUGGAGAUGAAUCAUGGUCACAUUGUAACCGUUGCCAGCUCUCUGGGAUUGUUCAGCACUGCAGGAGUAGAGGAUUACUGUGCCAGCAAAUUUGGUGCUGUGGGUUUUCAUGAGUCUCUCAGCCAUGAACUAAAAGCUGCUGACAAGGAUGGAAUUAAAACCACUUUAGUGUGCCCCUAUCUGGUUGACACAGGAAUGUUCCGUGGCUGCAGAAUUAGGAAAGAAAUUGAACCAUUCCUCCCCCCCUUGAAACCAGAUUACUGUGUGAAACAGGCAAUUAAGGCAAUCCUUACAGACCAGCCCAUGAUCUGUACACCACGUCUCAUGUACAUUGUGACCUGCAUGAAAAGCAUCCUCCCCUUUGAAGCUGUGGUCUGCAUGUACCGGUUCCUGGGAGCUGACAAGUGCAUGUACCCUUUUAUUGCUCAGAGGAAACAGGCGACAAACAACAACGAAGCAAAAAAUGGAAUUUAGCCUACCACUUGUACUUGUAUAAUUGUCUUUCGUUUUUGGUUUUGCUUAGGCUGACACUUUUAACAUGGACACCAACAAACUUUAAAGACUUAAAUUUAAAGACUUUAACUGGGAGAGGCACUUGUGCGACUAAAUAGCGUAUGCUUUGGUCUUGAUUACAGAAUCAUCUCCUGAUCUUGUGGACUGAAUUUAUAUGUGGCUUUUUUUUCCCCUUUUUUUUUUCUUUUUUUUUUUCUUUUUCAUCUACACACAAACAUACACACUGUAAAUGUUGUUUGCAAAUUUCAAAAUGUGACCAGUUAAAAAAACAAAGCUUAAAUGUAGCAAUCAACUUGUGUUUUUUUUAUAGUGCAACUGUAUGGACAAGUAAACAUUAGCAAGCUCUUUAGAUGCACUGUUACACUAAACUAGUUUGUAUUUUAAAAGGAACAAAAAAAUAAAAUAGAAUUAUUUAAGAUGUUUGAAUGGAAGUCAGCUAAUCGACAACAGAACUAGAAGCAUUAGUCGGCUUUUAUGUGAGAAUACGUAAAUCUCCACGGCUGGUAAUUUGCGAUAGGCUUUCCCCAUACAAUAUAUUAUUUAUGCCUCUGAUAUGCAGUCUAAAGCAUGCUUCCCACUUGGAAGGACUGCAAAUUUGUCCUUUAUCUGCACUCAUGCUCUCAUCUCUCUACACAAGAAUAGCGUUUUCAAAGUAUUAGAGGCUGCAGUGUAAUGGAGGUGAUGAUAUGGCAGCUUUCCAUUUAUGGACUCUUGAGAUUUUAAGCGCUGCUUAAGGACAAAUUAAUAAAAAAAAAAAAUUCUUUGUCAUUUAUUUUUUAUCAAGUAUGACAUUGAAAAAUCCUCACUCUACUUGUACGUGUGAAGUAUAUGUAAGGGUGUAAAAGAUUAUUAUUAUUAUGUUUUGUUUUUCUAGUGUUCUAGAAAAUAAACUGCUUUUUUCUAUUUUAUUAUAUAUUUUUUUUUUAUUUUUAUUUUGUACAGAAACAUUUUACAGUUGUGCCUUGAAUUUAGUAAACUAUAUAGUUAGUAAGCAUUGUAAAGUGAAUUUCUACCUCUGUACCUAAAUGUAUACCAUCUUGUAAAUUUACUAUAAAACUUCUUAGAUUUAUCUGUUUUUGCUGUCUUAAAGAUUGACCAGUGUCUGGUUUUAUUAAAGCAAAUAAUCUUAAAUAAGAACAUGGUGUAAACUGACAUUUUUAAUUGAAAAACAGUUUAACAUUUGUUUUUACACCUAUUUCCCCCCCCCCCCCAUUAUUAAAUCACAAAUGUUAUCUGAGAUGAAAUGAAAAUAUUUCUGCACAAGUAUUGAGCCAUUUUUCUUUAGUGAAAUGCGGUUGUUCUUUUCUAGUCUGCAAUAUAAAAAUGGUUGGAGUUCUCAGAAAUUAACAUUAUGUUAAAGUUUAAAUUUAUCUCUUUGGAUUCAGGUAGUUAUGGGUGAUAAAUCAUUUACUUUUGUGAGUGUUGGUGCAUAAAAAGCCAGUACUAAAUUUGUUUAAAAAAUAUAUAUAAUUAAGAUUUUAUAUGUUAAUUAUUUGAAAACAUAAGUAAGGGUGAGCGCUAAAUCAAGCCGUUUGUGAAACAUAAAAAAGUCUGAGGAAGGGGAGUGUGUCCCCAAACGUCAUGCUUUUUCAAAUAAAGUACACUUGAAAAGA